AGUUUUCUUUAUUAUAAAUAAUUUAAAACAAACUUCAACUUCCUCACUUACUGUAGUGUAUGUUGGGUUGCAAACCAAAAACUAGGUCUGGAGAAAAAUAGAAUGAGUCAUAAUUGUUUGACAGUACAACGCAUAGACAAGGUACAAUGUUUAUUACUAAUGAAGACAAAAAAUAGUUCAAGUGUUUCUUAUUUGUUCCUUAAAAAACUUCAUAAUGUUUGAUAAAAUAGAUUUGGAACAGUGUCUUAGAGACUCUCCAAAGUUUAGAGUCUAUUUGGAAGAGCAAGAGGCAAGCAUAGAUCAAUUAGAAAUGAAACUGGACAAAAUCUUGAAGAUGUGUGGGGCCAUGGUUGAUACUGGAAAGGCAUAUGUUGCCCAACAAAGUCUGUUUGCUAAUAGUUUAUGGGACUUAAGUACGCAUUUUAAAGAAGAUCCUGAAGUUCUAGCACCUCUAAAUAAAUUAAUCCAUAGUCUGCAAGAAAUGAACAAAUUCCAUACAAUCCUGUUGGAUCAGGCAUCUCGAAUAAUUUUAAAGAAUCUCACUAGUUUCAUAAAGAAGGAUAUUAAACAUGUAAAAGAUAAUAAAGUGCAUUUUGACAAAAUAUCUGUGGAAUAUGACAAUGUGUUGGUUAGAAAUUCACAAACGUCUAGAAAUAAACAACAAGAAAUAGAAGAGAUUCAAAAUCUUUUAACUGCAGUUCGUUCCUGUUUUGGACACCAAGCAUUGGAUUACAUGUAUAGUAUCACAAAGCUUCAAGCUGUAAAGCGUUUUGAAAUUUUGGACACUUUAUUGUCUUAUAUGAAGGCAUGUACAACAUAUUAUCAUCAGGGUUCUGAUUUGUGUGAAGAUUUAGAACCAUUUUUUAAAAAUCUUGCUGAUGAUAUUUCCAAAAUGAGAGAGGAAAGUUAUAAGGUUGAAAAAACAUUACAAAACAGACAUUCUGUUGUCUCAAACAAGGAAAAAGUUCCGGAACAAAAAUCCAAUACAGCACCAAUUAUGGAAGGGUACUUAUUUAAAAGAACAUCAAAUGCUUUUAAAACUUGGCACAGAAGGUGGUUUUAUUUGUUUGAUAAUAAGUUGGUUUAUAAAAAAAGAACUGGAGAAGAAAAUGUUACUGUGAUGGAAGAUGAUCUUAGAAUUUGCACUGUUAAGCCAGUCUUUGAUGGAGAAAGACGUUUUUGUUUUGAAAUAGUCUCUCCAUCGAAGAAUCACAUGUUACAAGCAGACUCCAAGGAGAUGUAUGACGCUUGGAUAUCAGCUAUGCAAAAGGGGAUUGGAGCAGCAAUUCAGCAGACUUACAGCUAUAAUCCAAGCAACAACAAUGACAGUAUAGUAUACAGCAACAGUAAUUUUUAUCGAAAUAGUACUGAAAGUACUUCAUCAGAAAUUGAUAGAGUACAGAAGUUCAAGAAAAUUAAAUUAUGGGAACAGUUGCUUAAAAUACCAGGCAAUAACUACUGUUGUGACUGUGGCGCUCCCAAUCCUCACUGGGCCAGUAUCAAUUUGGGUUUAACCCUCUGUAUAGAUUGUUCUGGAGUACAUCGAAGUCUUGGGGUGCACUAUAGCAAAGUUCGUUCUUUAACACUUGAUGAUUGGGAACCAGAAAUGAUUAAAGUUAUGGCUGAAUUGGGCAACAACAUUAUUAAUAAUAUUUAUGAAGAGAACAUUCCUCCAGAUCAAAAACGAGCAACAUCCAAGAGUACAGGAAGUGAAAGAGAAACGUGGAUAAAGGCCAAAUAUGUUGAUAAAAAAUUCGUCAAGAAAUUGCCUGAAUUCACUGCUCUUUCUGGAAAUUCAAUAAGAUCUAGUUUGGAUGUUCGCAAAUGGAGUGUACAUAAAAGAAGAAGACGUUCAAAGAGCUCUGAUAAUAAAAGAAAAUCAAAACCACUAAUUAACAUGGCUACUUCUUCAGAAACUCCUACAACAAGCGAUACAAUAUCAGAACAAAGUGAAGAAAGUGGAAUAUUUAACGAAGACAAUAUAAAAAAGGUCCAAGAUGAUAAUGAAGGCGAAAGCGACAAAAAAGAAGACGCUGAGACCCCAAAUAAAAGAUCAAGUGUAUUGCUAAUAGACUUGGAAAAACAACCAAUAGAGCCGUUGGAUUUAAUUGUUAGCAGUGAUCAAGAUUCCACAGGAGGCGAAGAAGAAGCAGACGUUUUAGAAGAAGAUAUUUCGAAAUUACAUCCAAAUCUGUUGCUUUAUAAAGCAGCUGCGGCUCACAAUUUGCCUGUUAUGUGCAAAGCUUUAGCUCUUGGAGCAGAUAAAAAUUGGUCAAACCCAGAUGACAGGAAUCGUACAGCAAUACAUCAGGCUGUAUUAAGCGGAUCUGUGAUGGCUUGCGCCUAUUUAAUAGUAAACGGGGCUAAAAUAAAUACUCAAGAUGAUCAGGGACAAACACCAUUGCAUCUUGCCACAAUCGGAGGACACACGGCACAAGUUUGUCUCCUUUUAAAACACCGCGCAGAUCAACAUAUUGAAGAUAACGACAGCACGGUGCCCCUUACGGUUGCAGAACAAAAGAAACACGCUGAUAUCGUAACUCUUUUGCGUUUGGGGCGGUUAAAUGAAGAAAUGAAAGAAUCCGAUUAUGGAGUUGCAGGUGAUGAGAUGUUUAACGAUGUCGUUCGGGACUUUUCACAGAUUGCAUGUAAUAAUCCAGAAAAGUUACAUCAAAGCAGCAACUAAAACGCACAUCGUUUUUAACUAUUGUGAUAACUUGAGUAUUUAGGAUGUAAUUGUUAUUGUAAUUUUAUUAUUAAUGUCUUUUGCAUUUAUGAUGAGCUUUUCUAUCAAUUUAACUGUUUAUUAAAAUAUUUGAGAGCAAUAUUACGUUGUGAAUGGUAAUAGUUUAUUAAUUUUCUCUCUUUAUGGGUAGAGUAAGAGUAAUUCAGAUUUUAGACUUUUAUCUGAAUACCAUCUCUAUUUUUAAACAAUUCUUUUUACUAUUUGGUAAUUCUAUCUUUACAAGUUGUAAAGUUUAAACUGCUUUGAAAGACUGCAAUUUCUGGAGUUGUUUUUUUUAUGUAAGAUUGAUGAAUGAGCUUUUUAUAUUAUUUGUAUUUUUAAAUUUGUAAAA